AUGAGGCGACAAACAAAACUGGUGGUUUCAUGUGAAGAAGUACUGAAGGUAAAGCCAUAUACCAUGAUCUACACUAAGGAACGUGACAAAGAUGAAGAAAGUUUAGGUUCUUCGUAUCAUGUCACUGUACAAGGCGAGAAUGGUGUUUCGUCUUCGAUGGAAGAUAAUACGGAAUUGGAGGAUCCUAAUGGUUUCUUCAGAUCUACCAGAGGUGUGAAGCAGGGUGAUCCUUUAUCACCUACUCUGUUUAUAUUAGCUGCAGAAGCUAUGUCAAGGGGCUUGAAUUCACUACACAGUACCAGGCAAUUUAAGAGCUUUGGAAUGCCUAAAUGGAGCCCUAAGAUCAAUCAUCUAGCAUAUGCUGAUGAUACAAUCAUUUUUACUUCAUCUGAUCCUAUGUAA